UUUCGAAUAAAUGAGUACGGGACGCUCAAGGUGGUGAGUGCUGAUAAGACACCUCCCGUGGAAGCUGUCAAGGAGGGUCACACGGAGAAAGAUGGGGACACAGAGGUGGCACCCACCAGCAGGGACAAUCCCACUGUGGCUCAGGAUGCACCAGAGCAGACCAAGCUGCCCCCAGCAGAAGGCCUGUGCCACUGUGACACCUGUGGCCGGAGACACGUGUCGGACACAGCCCGGGAGGGCCGGGGCUUCUGCAGCGAGCACUGUCACCAGCAGUUCAAAGAGAGGUCUGUCAUUGUGGAAAACUCUGCCAGCAGCACCAAUGCCACUGAAAUCCUCAAGCCAGUGAAGAAACGAAAGAGGAAGGACUACCAGAGCCCUUCAGAGGAAGAGUAUGAGUCUGAGCAAACGGAGGAGAAGCAGGAAGAGAGGAAAAGCUCUGCAGGAGACUCUGCUGUCAGCAACCCAGAGAGCGACACGUGGAACGGGAGCCAGCACGGUGCCAGUGAGGAGAAGAAAGAAGGCUGGUCUUGGGCGUCCUACCUGGAGGAGCAGAAAGCUGUCGCUGCCCCUUUAGAUCUCUUCCAGGAUUACCAAGUAGCUUCCCAGCACAAGAAUGGCUUUAAAGUGGGGAUGAAGCUGGAGGGGAUCGAUCCGCAGCACCCGUCCAUGUACUUCAUCCUGACCGUGGCUGAGGUGAGGUGCCCCUUCCGCGUGCGCCUGCACUUCGACGGCUACUCGGAGUGCCACGACUUCUGGCUCAACGCCGACUCCCCCGACAUCCACCCCCCGGGCUGGGUCGAGGAGACGGGGCACAAACUCCAGCCCCCGAAAGGUUAUAAGGAAGAAGAAUUCAGCUGGACGAACUACCUGAAGUUAACAAAAGCUCAGGCAGCUCCUAAGCAGCUCUUCAUGGUCCGAAACGCUCACGAGGUUUCUCCAGGCUUUGAGGUCGGCAUGAAGCUCGAAGCUGUGGACCGCAUGAACCCUUCCCUGAUCUGUGUUGCCACAGUGACUGACGUGGUGGACAAUCGUUUUCUGGUGCACUUUGACAACUGGGAUGAUACUUACGACUACUGGUGUGACCCCAGCAGUCCCUACAUCCACCCCGUGGGAUGGUGUCAGGAGCAUGGCAAACCCCUCACACCUCCUCAAGAUUAUCCUGACCCCGACAACUUCACCUGGGAGAAGUACUUAGAGGAAACUGGAGCAUCUGCUGUCCCAGCUUGGGCCUUUAAAGUGCGCCCACCCCACGGCUUCCUGGUCAACAUGAAGCUGGAGGCAGUGGACAGGAGGACUCCUUCCUUCAUCCGAGUGGCCAGCGUGGAGGACGUGGAAGAUCACAGGAUAAAGAUCCAUUUUGAUGGCUGGAGCCACGUCUAUGAUUUCUGGAUUGAUGUGGAUCAUCCAGACAUCCACCCCAUAGGCUGGUGCUCAAAAACUGGACACCCACUGCAGCCUCCUCUCAGGCCAAAGGAACCAGCCUCCUCUGCCCAAGGGGGCUGCCCCACCCUGGGCUGCAAGAGCAUCCCUCACACCAAGAGCUCCAAGUACAGCUUUCACCACAGGAAGUGCCCCACGCCGGGUUGCGAUGGGUCAGGACACGUGACGGGGAGAUUCACGGCCCAUUACUGCCUCUCAGGGUGCCCGCUGGCGGAGAAGAACCAGGGCAGGCUGAAGGCAGACCUGUCCGACACCGAGGCCUCGGCUCGCAAGAGGAACCUGAUGUUCCCCCAGCGCAAGAAGUCUCGGCACCACGGGAGAGGGCGGCCUCCAAAGUACCGGAAGAUCCAGCAGGAAGACUUCCAGACCAUUUCCUCAGACAACAUGCACCAGUCGCUCUUCAUGUCCGCCCUGUCUGCUCACCCCGACCGCUCCCUGGCGCUCUGCUGGGAGCAGCACUGCAAACUCCUGCCAGGGGUGGCUGGCAUCACGGCCACCACGGUGGCCAAGUGGACCAUUGAUGAGGUCUUUAGCUUUGUUCAGACUCUGACGGGUUGUGAGGACCAAGCCAAGCUCUUCAAGGACGAGAUGAUCGACGGCGAGGCGUUCCUCCUGCUGACGCAGGCUGACAUCGUCAAGAUCAUGAGCGUCAAGCUGGGCCCAGCCCUCAAGAUCUACAACGCCAUCCUCAUGUUCAAGAACGCCGACGACACCUUAAAGUGA